AUGGCCAUUUUUAGCGAUUCUAAAAAUCGACACAUGAUGUUGCUUCAAGCUCAUUAUAUUUAUGCAAAUUUCACAUUUUUUGUUUCAAUGAUCUCCAAUUCCACACUUCUUGUGUUGCUCAUGUUACAUCCAAAUAAGAAAAUCGGGAAUUAUCGAUAUUUGAUGUGCUCAUUUUCAGUGCUCGGAUUAUUUUUCUCAACUAUUGAUUUGUUGAAUAAACCGGUGGGUUUUUCAAAGUUCACACCGUGAUAUAUCAAGAUCAUAAACAUUUUUUUUGGUUGAUUAAAUUUGGGCUCGGUGAAAAUUUGAUUAACUUGCAUACUUAUUUUAGAACAAGUUCAGGUUGGGAAAAUUGAGGUUUAGAACAGCUCAAAAAAAGAUAUGGCCCAAAUCAAAUCCUAAUCCUGCACUGUGUAUUCAAGAAUCCAGACUUUCAAACAAGCCAAAGAUUACUUCGUGUUGAAAUCAGUACAAUAAAAAUUGUCUAAUACAAAAAACAAAAGUGCCACUCAAAAAUAACUUCCAAAAAUUUCCAGAUGGUUCACAUAACCGGUGGCACCUACAUCAUCUUCAGUCUCAACGCCUUAGGCCUUCCCAGAAACUAUGCUGAAUACCUAAACGCUCUAAACUGCAGUUGCUACGCGAUGACAGUUAGUCUACUAGCAAUCCAUUUUAUCUACCGAUAUUUGGCGGUUUGCAAGUGAGGAUCAAAAUUCUGAAAUUCACACUAAAACAAUUUUUCUCAGACCUCAUCGGAUCAACCUAUUCAGUUUUCCCUACGCCAUGAUCUGGCUGGUUUUUUGCUUCGCAUUAUCAUUCGAAUGGUGGGCGACUGCUGUAUUUUUCGCUGCCGAGACUGCAGAGAUCAAUGCGACUAUUGAGAAAUCCAUGCGAGACGACUACAAUAUCACUUUGGAGCAAUUUGUGUACGCAGGAAAUAAGUAUUAUGUGAGUUGGCAUAACGAAAAUAUGUAUUUCUAAAAAAAAAUUCUCAGAGAACCGACGCCUACACCGGUGUCAAAACACUAUCCUGGCCCGAUGUUUUAUACGCAUUAAACGUGGUGAAAAUGAUCUCAAUCUGCUUUAGCAUCGUAUUUUUCUGCGGUAUCACAACAUUUCGCAAAAUGCGAACACUAAACUACACCUCCAAACGGACCAAUGAUCUACAAAAGCAACUUUUCUACGCACUAAUAGUUCAAACCCUCAUCCCAAUGUUGACAAUGUUCCUCCCGGCUGGAGUUCUACUGUUCAGCCCGUUAUUCGAAGUCACUUUGGGAUAUGUGGAGGGUCUGAUCUUAACAGUCAUCACAACUUAUCCCUGCCUGGAUCCGAUUGUUGUUAUUUAUUUUGUCAAGGACUAUCGAAAUACCGUGGUGUAUACAUUAUUGUGUGAUCGGAAGAAAUUGGCGCAGAGAAGGGUGGCUUUUCGAACGACUACUGCGAUUUCGACAAUGAACUCAACUAUUUAA